CUGGAAUACGUCACCGGAAAACACACCCUGCGUCACUGCUACGCGACCAGGGCGGGCGAUUUGAGCGGACUCGCCGAAACCAGGAUAAGGACAGUUUGUAUUUUUCUAAAUACACGCGUCAAAAAUCGACUCCUUCCCGCCGCCGAAGGUCGGUAUGAACAGGGGGACACCUCGAAGUAUAAUGUCCGAGUCGAAUAAGCUCGAUAGUUCUCUGAGGAGACGCUCGCCGCGGUUGAGUUCUCCUCUCCGGGCCCCCUUGAAAAUGGCGCCGGCGUCCGUCGCCGUGAAACGUUCAAUAACCGUGAGGAAAAUAGCUCCGAGGAAAACCGCUGCGCCGUCGGAGCACGACAAGGAGAACACGCCGAGGCGCCCGGAGACGGGAGGCAGCGAGCAGAAGAAGCACAAGGUCUCCACCCCGGGUCCUGUCCCGGGCCGCCGCGGCCGCUCCUCCUGCUCGGCUGAGGGGGAGAAGACGAAGGAGAAGGCCGCGAUGCCCUCGCCGAUCCUCCCCUCCUCGCCGCCGCCCUCCUGUCCCCUGCUGCCGGCGGCGGCUCCGGGGGACGCGGUGUGGUCGCAGAGAGUGCGCCGCUCCUACAGCCGGCUCGGCGACAAGUCCCCGAACAGCCCCGACUCCCGUGACACGCUGUUCGGCUUCGAGAUGCUGCAGACGCCCGAGGUGGCCCGGCGGGUCCGGCCGGGCGCGGACGCCCCCGGCCCGCUGUCCUGUCUGAACUCAUUCACGUCUCUGCUCGACGCGGACGACUGCGGCCCCGCCGUGCCCGAGCAGGAUCCACACAUCCCCGGCGUGGUCCUGGUGAAGGAGAGGAGGAGGAGGCGGAAGGUGCCGCAGAUGGGCACCACCGAGCUGGACGCGCUGGCCGCGGAGAUGAACGCGGUGUUCGAGGAGGCGGCGGAGUUCGAGCUGGUCGUGGAGUAGAACGUGAAGACCGAGAGACUUUGACGGGACUGGAGGAGUCUGUGAUGGCUGGAGAGAGAGAGAGAGACAAGACUUACUGGUUGUGCUUAUACUAUGAAAGUGUUUGUAUAUUUCUUGCUCUUUCAUAUUGUAUAUUGAUUCUUUGGAGCGUCCUGAUUGGUUUGUUCAUUUAAAGGCUCUUCAAUGUGGUUGUUUGGGUCCUCACGUGCACAGUGGAGUCACACGUGGUGUUGUUGUUGUUGUUGUUGUUUUGAUUUCAACAUGAUCAGUAGUUUGACCAAUAAACAAAAUGCAUGCCACGCCCACACCUCCAAUAUAAAUAUAGCCUCUUAUACACAUUGUAUUUUAGAGAUGAAACAAUUACUCGAUUAGCUGAUUUGACAGGGAAAUAAUCUGCGACCAUAAUCUGCGACCAUUUGCUUCUAGUGGGGAAAAUCCUAAAUAUUCUUUUGCUUGUCUUGGUUUGUUAUUUAUCACAUCCGAUCAUUGCAACCUGAAUAUCUUUGGACUUUUGUUCGACGCCAACGACAGGUCAAAAGGUGUCGUACUUGAUUACUGAUCGAGAAAAUAGUUGUCUCUACUUGUCGCGUCGACUUCGAAUGAUGAACCUGCGUUCGUACGUUUAGUUUUUUCAAAUGGGCUUCGACCGUGAUUGUUGUCUUCUGUUUAUAGUUGUUUACCUGUUAGAUUGUUCAGAAGGUUAAAUCAAAGGGAAACUUGUGGUUUUAAUAUUGGUUAUGAAUACAUGUGGAAUCUGUAGGUGGUUUGUAAGAACACAGCCGUUGGCAGGACUGGUACAGUCGGAUUUUCAGGAGUUUCUACCCUUUAUAGACCAAACUAGUGUUUUGUUUCCCUCCUGUUUUUGUUGCCGAAGAACAACAGAAAUGUGAGCAGCAGUUCAGAGGUCUCUCAUCACUUUACUUCCUUUUUAAUAAUGUGUUGUCGUUCCCAUUCAACUGACUGAUAACAUUGUACUAUGAAGCAGCACCUAUCCAUGUUGCUCUUGGACUAUCUUUUCUUUUCUACAUACAUUAUUUUUGCUCGACUGUACAUGUAAAUAAAUACUCAAUGAAAAGA